AACGUUUGAGCAAUUCUCCGGUUUCCUACGGAGUUUUUUAAUAACGGACCAAACCAGCGGGCGAAAUGGAAGUGAAAAAUGCAAAUGCUGCCAUGCUCAGCAACUAUGAGGUGUUCAAACUCCUCACAGACCUCAAGGAGCAGAGGAGAGAUGCCGGGAAGAGCAAACACAGUGUUGGGCAGCAGAACCUCAAUACUAUCAUGUAUGAGACUCUUAAGUACCUGUCGAAGACGCCGUGCAGCAGACAAAGUCCUGAGAUCGUCAAGGAGUUCCUCAGCUCUAUGAUGCAUCACAAGCUCACAAAGGCAGAAAAACUGCAGCUGCUAAACCACCGACCACAGACUGCAGUGGAAAUUCAGCUUAUGGUGGAGGAAAGUGAAGAGCGGCUGUCGGAGGAGCAGAUCGAGGAGCUCAUCCAGAACGUGGCAGAUGUCCUCCCAGGUGACCCGGAGCAGGAAAACGUAGCUGCGGCUGCUGAUGCGGAGAUGGAUGAAGGCGGAGAACAGUCGUGACACGGUGACUUCCAUGUGAAGAACUGGUUACGUGGCUAAACACGUUGCAGAACUGUUUACACAAAGACAGGAUGCACAGAGACUACAAGACUGCAGUUAAGAGCUGAGUUGGUAAUAUGGUAAUGAAAACAGUUUGGACCAAAACAUGCUCACUUUCUCACAGAAGAGAUGAAUCUCUUUAAGAUAUCAAUAUUGCACAGAGAAGUGCUCUCAAAAGGGGAGGAGAUCUUCAGUUUUAUGUGUCAUAUAACAUUUAUGUAGCCUGCAGCCUUAAACAUACAUUAAAUAAUUUUGUUCCAAUCCAAAAGCACAAUAUUCAUUUUACUUUAAUAUUGAUGGUAGAUGGAACCUUAUUGUAUCUCUUGCUUUCCUGUCAAGCUUCAGCUUCAGACUUGGCAUAGUUUGUGUUUUGCUGCUGUUCUCUUGCAGCAGAAGUAGGAUGUUCAGGUUGCAAGUGUGAAGGUUUCUGUUUUUUUGCCUUCAUGUUUGCAUAUCAAGUCAGUUUCCUGUUCUUACUCAGCUCCUUAAAGAGCUGGCAUACAAAUGUAGAGUAAAGAGUAGACUCAUGACAAAGAAGAAAAGCAGAGAGAGGACAUGAGUCUACAACUUAAAAUAGAAAACAUCUUUGUGUAAAGCUAGAGAAACUGUAAGCUUCACAUGUAAGACAAGAAGAGCUUUUGUUUGUCAUUGCAUCCCAUCAAAAUCUCUUAACACAACUUCAACCUCUCCUUCAUAGUGACAUAUCCGUUUUCCUUAUUUCAGCAAGAAAAUAGCUCUUGAAACUUUUCAGCUGACUGCAUGAUUGCCUUAUUUUUAUAGCUUCGCCUUGGACUAAGAUGUUUCGUUUGGUUGUGAUAAUUUGAUCAGCCUGUCUGUAGAAUAAAGCCUUGAAAAAAUAGAGAACGGUUGAAGCACCUACAAAUUUUGAAAUUCCUAAAACAGCUAUUUAGAAAACUUAGAGAUUAUUUGUUUUGUUUUUGGCUCAUUAAACCUAAAAUACUAAUAAAAAAUGUAAUUUUUCAAAUAACAAAUAUGAAUUUUGAUUUUUCUUUUCUGAAAGAAAUUAAACUAUAAAGGUGUGCGGAAAGUGUUGCUAUAAUUUUAUGUUAUAUUGCAGUAAAAUUAACCCACAGUGAAAAACAUGCUGCAGCUCUCUAAUGAUGAGAUUUGUACAUUUAUUGUUUUACUUCCCUUACUUACCAUUGUGCUCACUGUUCAUGGUGGCAAAAUGUGGUUGAGUCCUCUUCCAACCUUUGUCAUAUUAAACAGUUUAAUUAUUUCUCUUAUUGUGCUUCUGAACCAGUUCUCUUUUCUGUUUAAUAACAAUGACCUUUUAUGCCACAUUUCUACCCUUGGUAAACAGAAAGUCAUAAAUUUCUUAAGAAAAGUCCCUGGAUAUGCCCAUAAACUAAAAUAAAAACGAAUAAAUAUGCUUCAGCUACAUUUCUUUUUAUAAAACUUGUUUAUGCAAAGACUAAGAUGGGAAUAAAGGUUUUCAAAUUUCAACAUGUUGAAAUUUGACAUCACAGGAGUAUUCUUAUUGGAGUUCUUUUAGGUUUCAGGUUUCGUUCAAGACUGAUAAGAAGUGAGUCUCUCACCAUUCAGGCAUCAUGUUUCUUCUAUUCAUUUCUUUUAAAUGUACUGCCGUAUGCAGUACAAGUAAAGCACAGAGGAAAAGAAGCUAGUCGUGUUUGCCACUUGAAACCAAGGGUUUAGCCUGAUUUGACCUCAUUAAGCCCGCUUAAACCUUUCAACAUUCCACGGGACACAAAUAAGAAGACAAAAAGAGAAAUACGGAGACAACUCUUCAGAAAGGUCAGUGGCAGAAAACAAGAGCUCCACUUGAGAAAAAGAGAGAAAAAUAUUUCACUGAAGGCUGCUGUUUCUAGUGCCUUGCAGUUAUUUGUACUCCUUGUUCACAGAUUGUCGCUUCACUAGAUUUUAUUAUUUUAUGUUAAGAGAAGCACAAAUGAGUUUGUGGAAGGAAAAUGGUGCAUUUUUUUUUGUUUGUUUUACCAAAAAAUUUAAAAAGCGUGGAAUGCUAUUAUGUUUAGCACCAUUAGUCAUUAGGGAUGCAUCUAUUUUGGGGUAUGCUUACUUUAUUUUUUCCAAGUUGCUGGAUUUACGUCAGACUGGAUGGACUUUGACUGGACUAUCAUAACAUAAACAUGGUUUGGUGUAAAGCAUUUUUUUGUAGCUUUAUAUUAUACCGCUUCAGUGUACUUCCCAGUGAUAUACAUUGAUAUUUGUGAAUAAAUACAUGCUUUUACAA